CCUCCCGGCCUCCAGCGUCCCUCGCCCCCAAAAGAACAUAGACUGCAACGCUAGUGGCCAUUACAAGAACUACAAAAUUUCUUCACUAAGCGACCUACCCCCACCAUAUGAGUUGCAAACCUGUAUGUAAGAUCGUGGUGCACGUGCAACUACUGGUUGUGCUCUGAUUACGGGCAGUUCGGUUAUAUUCUCCAUGCCAUAGAACUUAUAAACAUGGAAGGGGAAUAGCAUAUACUCUCCGUGAGCUGAAACUGAGUCCAACAUCUGUGUGACAAGGAUAGAUAGAAGAUGACUUUGGUCCGUUAUGCGCAUGCGUUAAAUUCGUUGCGCAUGCGUUAGUGUAAUCUCGUUUUGGCCGCGCAUGCGUUAUUGUAAUCUCGUUUUGGCCGCGCAUGCGUAUUUCGAGGAAAAGUCAUAGAACGAGACAGAAUUCUAGUUUCUUCUGUCUCACUUCUUGGCUUCACUUGUGCCGAUCCGUUUCCCCUUCCAUGUUUAUAAGUUCUAUGCUCCAUGCCUACUGCUUUUUCACUCCAGUUUAUUACCUAUCCUAACCUAACUUUCUCAUAAAACAGAAAAAUAUCCAUGUUUUAAUACAACUUUUGUCACAUAAUUUUUCUGUUAAAUCAUAACUUCACAUAAUAUUUGAGUGUAAUCGAAUAAUUCUUCCAGACUUUUUCGAAAGAAAAAGAAUCGCACGAUGGAUUAUUCAAUUCUGCGUCCUGAUCUUCAAGAUCUUCUGAAUAAAUAUGAAGCAUUGCGCGAUAAAUUCUCUGCGCUGUGUGUUUUUAGCGAGCAACAGCAGAAAUCCUUAGAAUUUGAGCGUGAGCAAACGAACAAAAUGAAGAAUAAACUCAAUAACAUGCUAGGUUUGGUAUGUUUUGUUAUGAAGCGCCUGGAUUGUUACAAGACAAGAUUGAAUAAUCUAGAGACAAAGAAUAAGGAAUUAAAUUAUAAUUUAGCCGUUGCGAUACGUGAACGCGAUCAUGCCACACUCUUAAACAAUGCUACGGUUUCCGACUUACAGGAUCAAAUCGACCUUUUGAGCACGAAAAUAGCACAGCUCGAGAACGAGCAUAAACAGCAAUUACUGUUGAAAGAUAAAUUUAACAAGGAUGAAACUUCUAAAUAUAAACGUCUUUUGGAAAAUAUGAAGGCGAGGUCGUUUCAGAAACACAAUGCAGUAAGAAAGAACACGUGUAAGAAUUUAAAGGAGCAUCCUGCCUUGAUGGACGAAGAAAACAGGAAACGAAAAGGAAAACUAUAUGACGAAUUAUCGGAUUUAGAGGUUGAUAAAGUCGUCCGUAAAAGAAGAAGAUUAUUUCAAGAUGACGAGGAAAUGACUGACAUUAUUUAAAGAUGAUAUUAUUUAUACAAUCGAUAUGCGUAUGUAUAAAUUUUUAAUUGUAGUUACACAUACAUUCAUACGUAUAGACGUAUAGAUAUAUGUACAUGUACAUUUCAUAUAAUUUUUUUUUUAAUUU